CUCUCUGGCCACAGCUGGACCACAAGGUCCCAAAUCUCCGGUUGGUCCUAGAGCUGCAGGAUUAAGCACUGGGUCUUCUCACUGGUCAUAGAGCGGGUUUCAAGACUCGGUCUUUGCAAGAUGUCUCCGACUAACGUCAUUCAUCAGUCUUCUUCAGGAGGAGCGGAUCUCAGUCCAAUCGAGCAUCUGUGGGAUGUGUUGGACAAACAAGUCGGAUCCAUGGAGGCCCCACCUCACAACUUACAGGACUUAAAGGAUCUGCUGCUAACGUGUUUGUACCAGAUACCACAGCCCCCCUUCAGAGGUCUAUUGGAGUCCAUGCCUUGACAGAAUGCAGAUGUCCAUUAGAGUCUGAGCUGCGAUCAGUGCUGCAGCAAAGGAUUAUGGUCCUGGACGGUGGUAUGGGGACAAUGAUCCAGCAGCAUAAGCUUGAAGAGGAAGAUUUCAGGGGGGACGAGUUUAAAGACCACCCUCUCCCACUGAAGGGCAACAACGACCUUCUGAGUAUCACACAGCCCGAUGUCAUUUACAAAAUACACAAGGAGUAUCUGCUGGCUGGUGCUGACAUCAUAGAAACCAACACAUUCAGCAGCACCUCCACCGCCCAGGCAGACUAUGGACUGGAGCACUUGGCUUAUCGCCUCAACAGGGCAUCGGUGGCGCUGGCGAGAAAGGCAGCCGACGAUGUCACCAAACAAACUGGUUGUAAACGCUAUGUGGCCGGGGCAGUGGGUCCCACCAACAGAACCCUGUCUGUAUCCCCGUCUGUGGAGAGACCUGACUUCAGAAACAUCACAUUUGAUGCACUUGUAGAGGCCUACUCAGAACAGGUCAGAGGUUUAUUAGAUGGAGGCGCAGACAUCCUUCUGGUUGAAACCAUCUUUGACACUGCCAACGCUAAGGCUGCCUUAUUUGCCAUUGACCUGCUGUUUGAAAAGGGCAAUGAAAGAAGACCUAUAUUUAUCUCAGGAACCAUCGUUGACCGGAGCGGACGGACUCUGUCCGGUCAGACAGGAGAAGCCUUUGUAGUGAGUGUAUCCCAUGUUAAACCUCUAUGUAUUGGUCUGAAUUGUGCCUUGGGGGCGAUAGAGAUGAGGCCGUUCAUUGAGGCUAUAGGAAAAAGCACCACAGCUUUUGUUAUCUGUUAUCCCAAUGCAGGUCUUCCAAACACGUUUGGAGAGUAUGACGAAACUCCACAAGUAACAGCUUCUAAUUUGAAGGAGUUUGCUAUGGAUGGACUAGUGAAUAUUGUGGGAGGCUGUUGUGGGACCACUCCAGGACACAUCAGAGCCAUAUCUAAAGCAGUCAAACAUUGCCAGCCAAGGGUUCCUGCUACUGAUGUUUAUCAAGACUACUUGCUGCUGUCAGGUCUAGAGCCAUUCAAGAUUGGCCCUUACACCAACUUUGUUAACAUUGGUGAGCGCUGCAACGUGGCUGGGUCACGCAAGUUUGCCAAGCUGAUCAUGGCAGGAAACUAUGAGGAGGCUCUAAGCAUUGCUAAGGCCCAGGUGGAGAUGGGGGCCCAGGUCCUGGACAUAAACAUGGAUGAGGGGAUGCUGGAGGGGCCAACAGCUAUGGCCCGAUUUUGUAACUUAAUUGCUUCUGAACCAGACAUUGCACGGGUUCCUCUGUGUAUUGACUCUUCCAACUUCUCAGUGAUUGAGGCCGGGUUGAAAUGCUGUCAGGGGAAGGGUAUAGUCAACAGUAUCAGUCUCAAGGAAGGAGAGGAGGAGUUCUUGCUCAGAGCUGCCACUGUGAAGCGCUACGGAGCAGCUGUGGUGGUCAUGGCCUUUGAUGAAGAGGGACAGGCCACAGAUACAGACCGUAAAGUGGAGAUCUGCACUCGGGCCUACAAACUGCUGGUCAGCAAAGUGGGAUUUGACCCAAACAACAUCAUCUUUGACCCCAACAUCCUCACCAUUGGUACAGGCAUGGAGGAACACAAUGAGUACGCUGUCAACUUCAUCAGAGCCACCAAACUUAUCAAGGAGACAUUACCAAGCGCCAGGGUGAGUGGAGGUCUAUCCAACCUUUCUUUCUCCUUCAGAGGGAUGGAGACCAUCAGAGAAGCUAUGCACGGAGCAUUUCUCUACCACGCUAUCAAGGAUGGUAUGGAUAUGGGGAUAGUGAAUGCUGGGAACCUGCCAGUCUAUGACAACAUAGAUAAACAGCUGCUGUUACUGUGUGAAAACCUCAUCUGGAACAGAGACCCAGAUGCUACUGAAAAACUACUGGCCUAUGCACAGAACAAUGUGAAAGGAGAGAAGAAGGUGGUUCAGACAGAUGAGUGGAGAGAAGGAAGUGUAGAGGACAGGUUGGAGUAUGCACUCAUUAAGGGAAUAGAUAAGUAUGUGGUGGAGGAUGUGGAGGAGUGUCGGGCUCAAGUUGAACGCUACACUCGACCCCUUCACAUCAUUGAGGGCCCCCUGAUGAAUGGUAUGAAGGUAGUGGGAGAUCUCUUUGGAACUGGGAAGAUGUUCCUACCACAGGUGAUCAAGUCAGCUCGUGUUAUGAAGAAGGCGGUGGGCUAUCUGAUUCCUUUCAUGGAGAAGGAGCGGGAGAUGAUGGCAUUAUCGGGGUCAACUGAGGAUGUGGAUCCUUAUCAGGGCACCAUAGUUCUGGCUACAGUGAAGGGAGAUGUCCAUGAUAUUGGAAAGAACAUUGUAGGUGUAGUGCUGGGUUGCAACAACUUCAGAGUAAUCGACCUUGGAGUGAUGGUUCCCUGUGAUAAGAUCCUCAGAGAGGCCACCAGACAGAAAGCAGAUAUCAUUGGUUUGUCUGGUCUCAUCACCCCUUCCCUGGAUGAGAUGAUCUAUGUAGCCAAAGAGAUGGAGAGACUGCAAAUUACAACACCACUGCUGAUUGGAGGAGCCACCACAUCAAAGACACAUACAGCAGUGAAGAUCGCCCCUCGCUACAGUUCUCCUGUUAUCCAUGUUCUGGACGCCUCUAGGAGCGUGGUGGUGUGCUCACAGCUCCUGGAUGCGGCAAUGAGGGAAGAGUACUUUGAGGACCUGAAAGAGGAGUAUGAGGAGAUCAGGCAGGAGCACUACGACUCCCUGAAGGAUCGUCGGUAUCUGUCACUUUUCCAGGCCAGAGAAAAGGCUUUACAUAUAGACUGGCUCUCUAUGCCCAGGCCAGUGCGUCCUCAGUUCCUGGGCACCCGUGUGUUUGAGUGGUACGACCUGAACAGUCUGGUGGACUUCAUCGACUGGAAGCCUUUCUUUGAUGUGUGGCAGCUGAGAGGAAAAUAUCCCAACAGAGGUUACCCCAAGAUCUUUAAUGACAAGACUAUUGGUUCGGAGGCUCGGCGAGUCUUUCAUGAUGCCCAGCAGCUGCUCAAUCAGAUGAUUGACAAUGGCAGUCUGAAGGGGCGGGGCCUGGUGGGGUUCUGGCGUGCCCAGAGUGACGGUGAUGACAUUAGUGUGUACAAAGACAAUGUCAUGGUGCACAGAGGCACCAAGCCUAUCGCCACAUUCUAUGGUUUACGGCAACAGGUGGAGAAGGAGAGCUCCAGUUCAGAGCCCUACCUGUGUAUCUCUGACUUUGUUGCCCCUGUAGACAGUGGCGUGGCAGAUUACAUAGGUGUGUUUGCUGUGGGUGUGUUUGGAGCUGAGGAGCUGAGUCAGCGGUUCCAGGCUCAGGGAGAUGACUACAGCAGCAUCAUGGUCAAAGCGCUGGCUGACCGACUGGCUGAGGCCUUUGCUGAGGAGCUCCAUGCUUGUGUGCGUAAGGAGCUGUGGGGCUACAGCUCUGAUGAGGCUCUGCAGGCCUCAGACCUCCACAGAAUUCGAUAUCAGGGCAUCAGACCUGCAGCUGGCUACCCUAGCCAGCCGGACCACACAGAGAAGACCACCAUGUGGAGCCUGGCUGGGAUCCAGGAGAAGACUGGUAUUGGUCUGACAGAGUCCCUGGCCAUGACGCCUGCUGCCUCAGUGUCUGGACUUUACUUCUCCAACCUUCAGGCCUCAUAUUUCGCUGUGGGAAAGAUCACCAAGGAGCAGGUGGAGGACUAUUCCAGGAGGAAGGAGAUGAGUGUGGAAGAGGUGGAGAGAUGGCUGGCUCCCAUACUGGGUUAUGACAGUGAGGCAUAGAGGGUGACCGUUCCAGCAGUAAACUGGACCACAGAGGGAUCAGCACAGGCCACAACGGGCACAGAAUCAGGUUUACAGUCCAAUCAUUCUGGACCAUCCACUGUGGCUGCUUACACUGACAGGCAAACUUUGUGCAUCAGUGUUGAUGUUUCCUUAAAGAGAUAGUUGAACAUAUUGGAAAUUUGCAUUCUUUCUUAGAAUGAAAUGAGGAGUUUAAUAGAAGUCUAAUUUCUGUGUGUACAGAGCUGGGGACAGGAUGUGCUUAGCUUAGCCUAGCUUAACAUACAGACUGGAAGCAGGGGGAAGCAGCUAGCCUGUCUCAGCCAAAGUUAAAAAACACACCUACCAACGGCUCUAAAGCUCACUGAUUAACAUGCUGUAUGUUUAUCCAUCAAAACUACUACUACUACAGGCAGAGAUGCUACACAGAUGUACUACCAAUGAACACCCUUUGGUACCAUUGUGCUUGUACAGAGACCAAAACUAAACUUGGCAACAUCACUAUGACAACCAUUGACAUAUGUAAAGAUGGAAGUUGCAUCUCCACUUCCUCGUACUUUCCAAAAAAAACUGCAAUAUUGAAGUCCUGCCCAUACCCCUAGCUGACUCAAUCACAAGCAGGGCUCAGGUGUCAGUCAUCAUAACCCUUUUUAUAGCUUCAAAUAACGAAUUGAAUGUAUCAGAAAAAUAAACACUUGAACAUAUAUUGGCAUGAUAAGAACUACCUAAAAUGACAGAAACCAUCUUUUAAAGAGAAUAAUUUGACGUGUAGUAUUAGUUUGGCCUAUGUCCCAUGUGCUAACAUGGAGGCAGUGGGCUUCAUGACCUAUACUGCAGUCAGCCACUAGAGGGCGAUUGAGAUGUUUUAGCUUCACUUCUGCAGAGCUGUCAUGUCUCCAUCUUUAUAUGUGCCCAUGGUGACUCUAUGAACAGUCACUGUGCCUUCCUGACACUUUAGCUUCAGGAAGUUGGUGGGUGAAUUUUGUAAAGAAUCACCUGGCUCUUUACACCUGCUUAACAUAUUUAUGCUAUGCUAGGCUAACCACAUCUCUCCAGCUCUGUACUGAUAUGAAGUCGAUCUUUCCAUCUCACUCUGGGACAGAAUCAUUGAUUUUCCAAUCAAAAAGUACUUAGGUUAACGGCCCAAAGUAUAAAUACAACUUCCUUUAUAUCUUCAAUUCACACAGAAUCCAAUUUCAAAUAAGUUUUAGAUUUGUAUGUGGAAGUGAAUUUUUAGGCGUUUGCAAGCAAAUGUAUUUAUUUCAGUUUUUAAUCAUUAUUAUGUGAAAUUACAAUUUUACUGUUCUUGUGUAAAUACAUAUUCAAAAUCUCAAUUAUAUUUGCAUGGACACUGGAGUGUACUAGCUUGAUUGUUCACACAUUUACAGUGGUAAUGAUGAUUACUUAAAGCCACAUUUAAAAAGUAAAAAUUCGAGUAAGUGAUGCAAUUAAAAAAUAUUCAUAAAGUUAAAUAUACAAUUGAGUCUUCCUAUAGUAUUAUAUUCCAUUUUGUAGCUCUCGGUGCACUUUACAUUGUGGAUUUCAGGUUAAGCAAUGCGGCUAGUGUGCCACCCUAGAAAUAUUGUGGUUAAAUUCACACUGCAGUAACAGGAGCUCCGAUUGACUGUCAUUUUCAGAGUUCCUGUGUCUAAAGUCACUCAUCUGUGGAUUUAGUUUAUGGUGUUGCACAUAGCUGCAUUGCUUUUAAACUAGAGUGCAAAAGAAACACAGUAUAGGCACUAAGGCAGGAGACCAUUCAUUUUAUGAGCUUUUUAAAAAGCAAGUUAACACAGGUGCAACAAAGCACAAUCUAACCACAUUCAUCAGUGAUGCAGGCUGAUGUCAGAGGUGAAUUCUACAUACAUUUGAACCUCCAACUAACACUCAAUUAAUUCAACCUCUUACCAGAGAUUUCUUGUUUCACCUCAGUGCAGUAUGCUGUGUAACUUCAACAAGAGAUUAGUUAAUUGUGAUUUGACUGGUUAGCAAUACUUGCGCAUUUUCAUUCAUUUUAUCAUUUCUGAGGGGAAUUUGGAAGCUGAGGUUUGGUAAAUGCUUAUCUUCCAAAUGUCACUGCAGUGAAACAGAGUAGUGACACAGUAUUUGUAUUCAAUUGUUUAAAAAGUAUUCAGUCAUAAUUUCUACAUUGUGUACUUGAGCAGUAAUGACAACUCAACACAAUCCAAAACAACUUGAAGAAUUAUUAUACGCAGGAAAACCUACAGUACCGCCAAAUAUAAUAGGUCCAGUGUGUAUCAUUUAGGAGCACCUAUUGGCAGAAAUGAUAUAUAUGGUUCAAACGGUAUGUUUUCAUUAGCGCAGGGGUCAGCAACCUUUUCCAUCAAAAGAGCCAAAAGAGAAAAUUAGCCUUAUUGCUCAUUUCUUGACACAGAUCAAGCAUAGUGGUAAGCCAGCAGCGUUUAUUGUGGAAGCAAUCAAAUGUCCACAUACUAUUCUGCCCUACAAAGCCAAACCGCUGUAACAAUGAUUGUGUUUAAAAUGAGUUCAAUCUUUACAAUCUUAAACCGUAAAUUGUUACAAUGCAUUUUAAGUCAUAAUUUAUGUAACUUCAACUUGUAAUCUAUACAAAAAACAUUACAACAAUUUUAACAUUUAAUAACAGAUUUGAUUGAUAUUUACAAAUCUAAUUCUAAAACCAAGUGUACAUACAUUUUACAGUUAAGUAAACAAGUCAAGUCAUCUUAAUAGGUUAAACACCUCAAAUUAACAUUUGAGGAUUGCUUGAAUUGCUUCUUAAUUACUCAUCUGUUUUAACUUUCUAAACAUGCAAACAGUAAGAAAUACAGAUUUAAGGUAUUAAGGGAAAAAAAGGAGGACGACACCAAAACUGUCUUUGUAUUACCAUAAACAGAAGGCAGAGUACAGUAAUUACAGAGUGCACUAGCUGCAUUUUUGGGGUCAUAGGUCCAAUAAUUGGUCUCAGUUUUAAAGUCAUGAAAAUGACUUAAAGAAUGAAGAAUUUCAAAUGAAUAAAGUGGUAAAUUGGGUUAACCUUUUGAAACAUCUGUGCUUAUCAGGCUUUCGAUUCUCUCCGAGUGAUAAAAAGGUACGGCUAGUUCUCUAUCAACAUCCGCAUAGUGUUGGCAUUUUAUCAUUGUUGUAUUGUCUGAGUACUAUACAACAUAUCUACUCAUUAUAUGAUCCCCCACAGGUCAGGUAACAGCUAGGUUAAAACUAAAAUAAAGUGCAUUUGAUAUGUGUCUUAAAAGCCCUGAAGUACAGCAGUGGCUUAUCUCAGUUUGUAUGAAACAUUGAUACUUUCUUAUUCUGUUUUACUUCUACUCAUACAUUGAAGUUGUGGAUAAAUCCUAGCGGCACUGUAAAGCAGGUGUGAUGGAACAGUGUUAUUUUGUUAAAAAUAAAUAAUUACAACAUUUUCUGUUA